AUGGACCCAGCUUAUCUUUUUGCACCACAGGUUGUGGUGUGGGAUUUGCUCUUGGUCCUCAUGUUUUUCGUUCCUGAUAACAUUAUCUCAUUAUACGGAACAUUAUCAAACUUUAGAUCGGGGUUGUUUCUUCUGGUUCCAGUUAUUAUACUGCUGGAUGCCACAAAUACAUGGAAUGAUGUCUGGGUUGAGAGAGGUGAACGCAAAUGGUGCAUACCGUUACUUGCUGUAUUUGUGUGCUAUAUAACAACACUUACAAUAUCAGGACUAAUGUUCGCUUGGUUCAACCCCUCAGGCCAUGACUGCAAUCUUAAUGUGUUCUUUAUUGUCAUGACCAUCAUUCUCGCAUUUGGUUUUGUAAUUAUUACAUUGCAGGCUAAUGCAAGUCUUUUGCCAUCUUCUGUUAUUUCUGUGUACUGUUCGUAUGUGCUCUACAGUGCUCUCUCAAGUGAGUCUCGAGAUUACGUGUGCAAUGGUCUCAACAACAGUUCAAAAGGAGUAACCACGCGUAAGCUAAUUCUUGGUAUGCUCACAACAGUUAUCUCUGUCUUGUACUGUGCUUGCCGGGCUGGAUCCUCGCUAAAGUCAGGUGACAGAAACCCUUUUGUGAACUUUGAGCAGAGAAAGGACAGAGAACCUGAUGCUGUGCCAUUUGGUUAUUCCUAUACAUUUUUCCACCUGAUUUUCGCGUUCGCUAGCAUGCAUUCAAACAUGCUUAUUACAGUAUCAGCUAAUACUCGAGCCUAUCAGCUGAUACCCGAUCAUAUUGAUGCUGACCGUUUGGCCUCGUUCUUUAAGGAAAUUGAGGUGUGGAAACAAAAGGCAAUCUUGAACAAAAGAUCAACAGAACUGCACAUUAAGUGUUAGAGAAAAAGCCUGAAAGUACAGAAAAAAAGGAAUGAUGUUUUUUGUCAUAUGUGAACCAGGGAAAAAUACAUGGG